AUGCCUCCCAAGCGAAUCUACGGCGAGAAGGGCGGCCGCCGCGCCCCCAAAGGCUUCGUGGCCUCGACUUAUGAGACCUUGACCUCUGCCGAGAACGCCGCCUUUGUCCGCAGCAUCGCCAUCUUCGGAGCUGCUGUUACUUUCCUUUCUAGCUCUUGGGGCGAGAUCCUCCUGCCUCCGUACGACUCCCGAUAA